GAGUGAGUCGGAGCUCGGCCUCUCCCCGGCACGUUCUCAGCUGCUCCUGGUUCAGACCCAGCGAGGGAGCUGCGAGCGAGGCUCACCAUCCCGGGCGGGCAGGACCCGGGGCUGCUGAGCGCUCGCUCCCGCGUGUCCGGCGCUUAGAGUCCCCGCGGCAGGAGAGGAGUCGGGACUCUAGAGCUCCAGGGGCGCCUGUGGGCUCCAGCGCCUCCGGCUUCCCCAGUCCCCUUCAGCUAAAGCCCCAGAGAAGUGCUCAGCCCCGGGAUCUCUGCGGAACAAGAUCCGGAUUGGGAAGACACUGCCACUGCCGAAAUGGGCAGCAAAACCUUACCGGCGCCGGUGCCCAUUCACCCUUCCCUGCAGCUCACCAACUACUCCUUCCUUCAGGCAGUGAACGGCCUGCCCACAGUGCCUUCGGACCAUCUGCCCAACCUGUAUGGUUUCAGCGCGUUGCACGCUGUGCACCUGCACCAGUGGACGCUGGGCUACCCGGCCAUGCACUUGCCACGCUCUUCUUUCUCCAAAGUGCCGGGCACGGUGUCCAGCUUGGUGGACGCGCGCUUCCAGCUGCCCGCCUUUCCCUGGUUCCCUCAUGUCAUUCAACCCAAGCCGGAGAUCACCGCUGGAGGCAGCGUUCCAGCGCUCAAGACCAAGCCGCGCUUUGAUUUCGCCAACCUGGCCUUGGCCGCAACGCAAGAAGAUCCGGCCAAGCUUGGCCGCGGGGAGGGCCCAGGCUCCCCUGCGGGUGGGCUGGGUGCCCUCCUAGAUGUGACCAAGCUGUCUCCAGAAAAGAAGCCCACAAGGGGACGUCUGCCUUCCAAGACCAAGAAGGAGUUCGUCUGCAAGUUCUGUGGCCGCCACUUCACCAAGUCCUACAACCUACUUAUCCAUGAGCGGACGCACACCGACGAGCGGCCCUACACCUGUGACAUCUGCCACAAAGCCUUCCGGAGGCAAGACCACCUACGGGACCACAGAUAUAUUCACUCCAAAGAGAAGCCCUUCAAGUGUCAAGAGUGCGGGAAAGGAUUCUGCCAGUCCAGGACUCUCGCUGUCCACAAGACGCUACACUCACAGGUGAAGGAGCUCAAAACCUCCAAGAUCAAAUGCUAAAUAGAGCCUCUGGGUCACAAGGACCCUGGGCCCAGUGGCCCUCUCCUCCAGAGGGACCAGAAGCCUGACUCUGGCGGGCAGCGGGAGAGGCGCUCGCUUGGGACCUUUCACCUCUCCAACAUUGUCCCCUGGGUCCCUGGCGCACGCGGCACUUCAGAGCCCCGCCCGGGGCCGCGACCCCGACCAUCCCGGCUGCUCCCCUAGGACGCGGCUAAACUCUUGGCCAAAAGGCGGUACUCACGUGGUGGAAGGGAAACUGCAUUAAGAAAAGAACGAAAGCUCCGCGGAGCCGCAGCGGCGCCUCUCCCAGAAGUAUUACUUUUUCUAUUGUUAUUUUAUACGUUUUCUUUUUUAUUUUUGUCUUUGACCAUAUAAGCUUGUAACUCUGACUGCAGAGAGUGAGGGGUGAGGGGAGAGGCAAAGAAGUCCUUAGCACUGGCAGCUCCCACCUCCUCCUCCAGCCCCUGCCCCCUCCCCCGGAGCCUGCAAAAGUGUAAUCCCUGUAUCUGCUUCAGCCUCCCGCCCCAGGGACCGCGGGGCAGGAGCGCCCCCUCCCAGCUCUUGCGGCACAGCCGGCGUCCGUGGGCUCCGGGACUCAGACAGCAGGGCGGGGACCUCAGGCCUGGGUCUGCAGGGGGCCCGGCCUCCGCUGCCGCGACACUGCAAGGGAGCAGCCAGCCAGGAGCCGGGCGUUAUAUUGCGAUUGGCACUUUAUGCUGACCAUCGGUAACGGACAUUUAUCACUGGAGUUUUUUUUUAACUAAUAAAUAAACGGUUAUUUUACAGGCA